GCGGCGCCGCCAGGUCCGCUGUGGAUGGAACGCGGCGUGCGGGGCUCCGGUCCGCGUCGCUGGCGGGGAGUGCGGCUGACUGAAGAUAACCCAGUUUGUGCUACCUGCCGUUUCAAGGUCUCCUCCUCCUCCUGGCCUCUACUGGAGCCCCAGACCUGCUCCUUAGGUCCACCCUGCACCCUAGCUCGCCAUGGGGAACCACUUGACUGACAUGGCACCCACAGCCUCAUCCUUUUUACCCCACUUUCAGGCCCUACAUGUUGUGGUCAUUGGGUUGGACUCAGCUGGGAAAACUUCCCUUCUUUACCGCCUCAAGUUCAAGGAGUUUGUCCAGAGUGUCCCCACCAAGGGCUUCAACACUGAGAAGAUCCGAGUGCCCUUGGGGGGGUCCCGUGGAAUCACUUUCCAGGUGUGGGAUGUUGGGGGUCAGGAGAAGCUGCGGCCGCUGUGGCGCUCCUACACCCGCCGGACAGAUGGACUGGUGUUUGUGGUGGACUCUGCCGAGACCGAAAGGUUAGAGGAGGCCAAGGUGGAGCUACACCGGAUCAGCAAGGCCUCAGACAACCAGGGGGUGCCAGUGCUGGUGCUGGCCAACAAGCAGGACCAGCCCGGGGCGCUGAGUGCGGCGGAGGUGGAGAAGAGGCUGGCAGUCCGGGAGCUGGCAGCCGCCACGCUCACCCAUGUGCAGGGCUGCAGUGCCGUGGACGGGCUGGGCCUGCAGCCAGGACUGGAGCGUCUGUAUGAGAUGAUUCUGAAGAGGAAGAAAGCACCUCGGGCAAGCAAGAAGAGACGGUGACCCGAGACUGCCCCUACCCUACCUACUAGGGGUCAGUACAGAUGAUAGGCAGGGCCCGUGACCUCUCAGCCAGCCUGGGUGCUGGACCUCUCCACCUCAAAGGACUGAAGGAGCAUGGGGAGGGGGUCCUGAUUCGGUGCCACGUGGGGGAGGGGAGAUGAAGCGUCUUCUGUGCUCCUCACCUCUAGAGGGUAGAGGCUGCAAGAGCGGAGACAUACAUGUAAAUGCUGACUCUACCUCGACCCUGGUUCUCGGUUUCCUUCCCUAGCGUUUUAUUUGGAUGUGUAUUUUUAUUUUUUGCAGGGGGAGGGUGCACAGAGAGUUGCCCAGAGAAUGCAUUUGGGAUGAAUGGAGAACACCUCCUCUCGCCCCACGGUUGGGGGAGGGGUCUCCUCAGCUGCUCUUCUAGUCACAAUCUUUUGGUGUCUGUGAAAGUGCCAAGAGUCCCCUCCCCCCCAGUUUGUAGAUCCCCACCCCUUUUUAUAAGCUUGUGUGUCCUCUCUAUUACUGUUUUU